UGGACGCUACCACCUGUGUCGUUGGGAAAGGGGUGAUGGGUUACUGGUGGAGUUGUAUUGCUGGACGCUACCACUGGUGGCUCUGAAGAGGUUAGCAGUCGCCGUGCCUCGGAUGCUGUGCGCGGAGAGCGGGGAACGGCGGAGAGAGGCUGCUGAUACACAAUCUGUGUCCUGUGGAAGCUGGGUCCACCGCUCAUCCGUUCGACUCCAAACAUCGUAUCUUCAACUCUGAUAGCUGGGCAACGGAUGAGUUCCCUCCCCUGGCUACCACUCCACCGGGAGGCUUAUCUGUCUGUCAUCGACCUCUACCGCGGUAACCUCCUCUCCUUGCCUCACUCAACAGCCACUGCAACGUCUGGGGUUGCCGAGCGAAGGCCCGAAGACGCGAGAUGGCGAUGCGACGGGCAAAAUAAGCAGCGCUUGUUCAGGAAUGUUGUGAUGGGAUCUUUUGCAAGCUCGAGGAACCGCGGCAGAGUUAUCUGACGCCCAUUGGCCAGAGCAACCCAUUCACGUUACGUUUUUAAAAAAUAUAUCUUUUGUGUACGUGAAAUUUUAACAAAAAAACCCAUUUUAAAAUCUGCCAUGUGCCAUCACACACACCUUCCAGUGACGAAUGUAAAAUCCCCCAAGUUGCCGAGGCAGUGCGUUCGCUCCCCGCCCGUCCAAAUUGUGCUCCUCCUGCUGCCGCUCGUCCUCUCCAUGCUCAGCGCGAGCCCCGGAUUUUCCAACGCCGCAGCCGACGACGAUGAACACGGCCGCUUGGCUGGGCAGGAGGGCGUGCCGCACAUCGAAGCCUCCCUGCACUUCGGCUUCCCCGCCUCGGAGUCCGCGCGCCCGGCUUACGAAGAAAAGAGGCCGUGGCAAGCCUCCGACGUCGUGGCAACCGUGGGGCACGCGUUCCAGCUACCGAUCCCGCUCGAUGGUGACCCUGGCCGUUGCACUAAUGUGACGGAAGAAGGGAAGAAAUCUCUGCCCGACUGGUUGUCUUGGAACGCCGAACUCAACACGCUGUUCGGCCUUCCCCUUGAAGCCAACACUGGCCUUUACUUCAUCACGGUCUCGCAUCCCUCCCCGAACGGAGGUGUCCACAGGAAAGAAAUGUUUCCACUGCACGUUGUCUCCGAGCAGUCCAACAGUCGGGUGACCGACAAGCUGCCCUCCUUUCCUGGCAGCGCGGACGGAGGAUGUGGUCCCGAGGAAGCCGUCACCGUUUUAACAAUCAUCAUAGACGCCGACCUGACGAAGAUGAACCCGGGCCAGCGACUUCAGCUGUUGAAGAAGAUGGAGGCGUUCUCCGACGUCGACGUUGAUAAGAUUAAAUUAAUGCCGGUUAUCAACAACAGGCUCUUUGAUAUGUCUGCAUUCAUGGCUGGCCCAGGGAAUGCCAAAAAGGUGAUCGAAAAUGGAGCUCUCUUGUCCUGGAAAUUAGGGUGCUCGUUGAACCAGUCCACCAUUCCCAACAUUGCGAAUGUGGAAAUACCCGCAAAGGAAGGUACGAUGGCGGAAAAGAUUGGUUAUCCUGUCUUAGGUUGGCACAUCGCGAACCAAAAAGCGGUCGUCAACAUGAGGUCACGUCGGCAGCUUUACUUGACCCCAACUCCAGUUCUCGUGUUUGUGCCCCCCACCACACGAGCGGAGCCGGUGGAGCCACCGGUAAGAAUUGUCCCUUCACACGUGUCGCCGACAUUUGGUCCCACGGACGUGACGGAGGAUCCAGUCCGCUACACGGGUCCCGGGCACAUUGUCACACAGGUUGUGACAGUCACCCCGAGUAAGGUCCGGCCGUCUGUUUACGCAACCCCGAUACUCUUUCCGAUUCAGCCGACGGCGAUCGACACGAUCACCGCCACUGUCGGACAGUCGAUACAGCCGACCGCCGCCCGUCCCGAGUACAUCGAGCCGACCGUCGCGGUGGCGUCCACCGCCGACGGCGCGAAAGCGACGCCCACCGGCGCGGCGGGCGGCGGGGGGAGGAUUAAAACCACGACGGCAAAGCCAACCGCCGCGGUCACCAAAAAGCCGCGCACGAAGAAGCCGGUGUUAAAGCUGACCACGCCUGCUCCGACGCCGCCCAUGAAGGCAACGACCACGACGGCACCCGUGGCAAAGAUCACCACGAAAGCCACGACGACCACGUCUCGGACAACCACGAAAAUUAUUCCGGAUCCGAACCGGCCACCCACGCUGAAGAACCCCAUCGACAGGCUCGACGUGAACAUCGGAACUUACUUUGAACUGAAGAUCCCUUACGACACGUUUUUUGACCACGAAGAUGGCACGACCGACAGGCUUAAGUUGGUCCUCUGCACGAGCAAACACGAACUCGUCAACGCGAGCUCUUGGGUGCAGUUUAACAGCACGAGUCAGGUAUUGUUUGGAUUGCCUCCGGACAAUGAAAAGCUGAUUGGUAAACAUGAGUACAUCAUGUCGGCAAUGGAUAAAGGGGGGAAGAUUGCGAGAGAUGCGUUCGAAAUAAUAGUUCACAAAAAGCCAAACGAUGGGCGGUCCAGUGCAAAGUUCCAAGCAAAGUUUAACAACGACUAUAAGAAAGUUGCCAACGACGUGCUCAUGAAAAUUAAGUUGGUGAAAAAGCUAGCUUAUACCUUGGGCGACAAGAAUGUGAGCGCUUUGACUAUAGACGACAUGAGAAGUGGUUCGUUCACAAUCGUUUGGAAUAACAAUUCCCUUCCGCUGGAACCGUGUCCAGAUGAGCAGAUCCGUCAACUGGGGAAAAAGAUUGGCACGGACGAUGGGAAGCCGACCGAAAAUUUCGACGCGAACAUGGGUCCAGAGUUUAAGCCGGUAUCUGUCAACAUCGUCGGCUCGGAAGAUUGCGAGGGAAUAAGUUUCGUGCCCGUUCGAAAAGGACCGCCUAUGGAUCGUCCUCAGCCGACUACACCGCCACCUCUGGAGGGCCCUGAGAGAACGAGUCAAGACGAUGUCUAUCUUCACACCGUCAUACCGGCCGUCGUAGUGGCCGCUAUCCUGCUCAUUGCCGGCGUCAUCGCCAUGAUCUGCUACCGGAAGAAGAGGAAAGGAAAGCUGUCUGAAGAGGACCAGGCGACCUUCAUCAAGAAGGGCGUCCCCAUCAUCUUCGCCGACGAGCUGGACGACACGAAGCCGGUGCCGUCCUCCAGCAUGCCGCUGAUCUUGACAGAAGAGAAGCCCCCGCUUCCGCCGCCUGAAUACCCCUGUCAGAUGGCCGGGCCCGGCAUGUCAGCGGCCGUGUCCGCCGCCGACGACUCCGUGUGCGAAAGCACACCGCUCCGCGAGGAAGACCCCAACGCGCCGCCCUACCAGCCGCCGCCGCCAUUCACCAGCCCGCAAGGAGCGGGGGGCAGGGGUCCACGUCCCAAAAACAUGACCCCGUACAGGUCGCCUCCCCCGUACGUGCCCCCGUAAAGUGUCCUCCCGGCCGGCAGUUGUUCCUUAUUUUUAGCUUUGGUCUGCAUUCAAUUAUAAUUCGUUUAGACUGCGACGUUUGUAGGGUUUUUUUUUUGAUGAAAAUAUUUUUUUCUUUUUUUAAACAGAAGCGUUUUAUUUCGCAAUCGCACGUGUGUGGAGAUGGUGGCGUAGGAUAUUUGAAUGUUCUUCCCUAUCGAGCGGAGCUGUGUUCAGACGGCAGUGCUAACACCUACCUAGUCUGUCUUAAUAUUUUUAUUUGAAGGAAUAACUAAAACAGUUCUGACAUUUUACUACUAAAACUUAUUUUAAAUAUGUACAAAUUUGUUGAUAUUUUGUCAAAUAAAUGAGUGGUUACUUUUUGGA